CCGUUUGGGCAGCGAGGAUCCUGCAGGCCGUGGGACGCCGGUUGCCCACGAGCCUCCCUGCUGCCGGCUCCGCAGUGGUGUGUUCCGUUUGCCGACGAGGGUUUGAGUUCCGGACCGAACGCUGCGUGUUCUCUGGCGACUGUCGUGGCCCGGCCAGGCCCUGGCUGUGGCCACGACUGUCAGGUAGCCUUGGCGCCAUGGAGGGGCCCAGGACAGCCCCUCACCUGUACUUGGGGCAGGUCCUGGAAAAACUACAGAGGGUUGUUGCAGUUUUGCCUGAAGAUAUGAGGCCAGGUCCUAAUCCCUAUGGUUUUCCAUGGGAAUUGGUGAUAUGUACAACUUUUUUUGGAUUGUUUGCUGUUUUCCUGUUUUUAUGGAGAAGUUUUCGAUCAGUUAGAAGCCGAUUUUAUAUGGGAAGAGAGAAAAAGCUUGCGAAAGAACUUUCUACACUAAUUGAAGAAAAAUGUAAGCUACUUGAAAAAUUGAGCCUUGUCCAAAAAGAGUAUGAAGGGUUAGAGUCAUCUGUAAAGGAUGCUGGCUUUGAGAAAGAAUCAACAGAAGCCCAAAACUUGGAGUUUGUGGAAGGAUCACAAAUGUCAGAGGCAAUCUAUGAAAAGUUGAACAGUUCUAAAUCUGAACUUGAAGAUGAAAUUCUUUCAUUAGAAAAAGAAUUAGAGGGAGAGAAGUUAAAGCAUUCUGAAGAAGAUGAGCUGAUUGUGGAUAUUUCUAAAAAGAUACAAUCCCUAGAAGAUGAAUCAAAAUCCCUUGAAUCACAAGUAGCUGAAGCCAAAACAACCCUCAAAAUAUUUCAAAUGAAUGAAGAACGACUUAAGACAGCUAUAAAAGAUGCAAUGAAUGAAAAUUCCCAACUUCAGGAAAUACAGAAACAGUUUUUACAAGAAGUUGAAGAAUGGAAAGAACAAGUGAGUGAACUUAAUAAACAGAAAAUAGCAUUUGAAGUCUCCAAAGUAGAUGUGGAACAAGUUAUUUAUGAUAAAGAAAAUCAGAUAAAGUCCCUUACUGAACGCUUGCUAAAGAUGAAAGAUUGGGCUACUGUGCUUGGAGAAGACAUAACAGAUGAUGAUAACUUAGAAUUGGAAAUGAACAAUGAAUCAGAAAGUGGUAUGUAUUUAGAUAAUCAACCAAAAGGAGCUUUGAAGAAACUAAUUCAUGCUGCUAAGUUAAAUGCUUCUUUAAAAGCCUUAGAAGGAGAAAGAAACCAAAUUUAUACUCAGUUAUCUGAAAUAGAUAAAACAAAGGAAGAGCUAACAGAGUGUAUAAAAAAUCUUCAGACUGAACAAGAAUCUCUACAGUCAGAAAAUACACAGUUUGAAAGUGAGACUAAAAAACUUCAGCAGAAACUUAAAGUAAUGACUGAACUGUAUCAAGAAAAUGAAAUGACACUUCACAGGAAACUUACAGUAGAGGAAAAUUACCGAUUAGAGAAAGAGGAGAAACUUUCCAAAGCAGAUGAAAAGAUCACCUAUGCAGCUGAAGAACUGGAAACCUACAGAAAGCGAGCCAAAGAUCUUGAAGAAGAAUUGGAAAGAACCAUACAUUCUUAUCAAGGGCAGAUCAUUUCUCAUGAGAAAAGAGCACAUGAUAAUUGGUUGGCAGCUCGGACUGCUGAAAGAAAUCUCAAUGAGUUAAAGAAAGAAAAUGCUCACAACAGACAAAAAUUAACUGAAACAGAGUUAAAAUUUGAACUUUUAGAAAAAGAUCCCUAUGCACUUGAUGUUCCAAAUACAGCAUUUGGCAGAGAGCAUUCCCCAUAUGGUCCCUCACCAUUGGGUCGACCUUCAUCUGAAACGAGAGCUUUUCUCUCCCCUCCAACUUUGUUGGAGGGUCCACUCAGACUCUCACCUUUGCUUCCAGGGGGAGGAGGAAGAGGUUCAAGAGUUCCUGGGAAUCCUCUGGACCAUCAGAUUUCCAAUGAAAGAGGAGAAUCAAGCUGUGAUAGGUUAGCUGAUCCUCAUAGAGCACCGUCUGACACUGGGUCCAUCUCACCUCCAUGGGAACAGGAUCGUAGGAUGAUGAUCCCUCCUUCAGGCCAACUAUAUCCUGAUCCAGCUCUUCCUCCACAAAGGCAAGACAGAUUUUAUACUAAUUCUGGUAGACUAUCUGGACCUGCAGAACUCAGAAGUUUUAAUAUGCCAUCUCUGGAUAAAGUGGAUGGGCCAAUGGAAUCCAGUAGGAUGGAUAGCAAAGAAGAUCUCAGUAAUUUAAAUGUGUCAGACUCAUCUCUCCCUGCUGAAAGUGAAGCAACUGGCCGUGGCUUUGUCCCUCCUCCCAUUCAUCCAGUCAGAGGGCCAUUGUUUCCAGUGGACACAAGGGGGCCGCUCAUGAGAAGAGGUCCUCCUUUUCCUCCACCUCCUCCAGGAAGUAUGUAUGGAACUCCCCGAGACUAUUUUCCACCAAGGGAUUUCCCUGGCCUGCCACCUCCUUCAUUUGCAAUGAGAAAUGUCUAUUCACCAAGAGGUUUCCCUCCUUAUCUACAUCCAAGAGCUGGAUAUUUUCCCCCACCCCCACAUCUUGAAAGUAGAAGUGUGUUUCCUUCAGAGUCUGCUCUGCCUUCAAAUGAGCCUACUACUGAAAAUGCAGAACCACAGCAAGAAACUUGACAAAAUUUUUAGUCCCUCUCAAAAGUAUUUUUGACUUCUCAUUUUCAGUUUAAGUAACUGCUGUUACUUAAGUGAUUAUACUUUUGCUCAAAUUGAAGCUUAAUGAAAUUAUAAUUCUCAGGAUAGUAUUUUGUAAAUAAAGAUGAUUUAAAUAUGAAUCUUAUGAGUAAAUUAUUUCCUUUUUAUUUUAUUCUAGAUAGUGUAAUGAUUUUAAUUUGAUUAGCAGAUCCACUAUCACAUAAAUAAUAAUGGGAAAUCUACAUAUGCAGUCUUGCAGGUAUGUUUUAAUCUCCAAAGGCUGUGUUUAUGCCAAGAACUGUAUUUACUGUUGCUGUAGACAAGUGUGAAAGUAACUAUGUUUAAUUAAAUAAAUGUUAAUUCAUUUAAAGACUUGUUUGGUAUUGAUAAUAAAAUCAGCUAGUUUUU